AGGGGUUGGGCGAACCCGUACUUGGGCGAACCCGUACUUGGGCGAGCCAUCAAACGAGGUUGGGCGAGCCAGUACUAAGGGGUUGGGCGAGCCAGUUGGGCGAACCCGUACUUACGGUGCCAGCUCGGCACUGUGCAGCUCGGCACAUCUAGUGCCUGCUCGGCACGUGCCCGCUCGGCACAUCUAGUGCUCGGCACUGUGCCAGCUCGGCACUGUGCCUGCUCGGCACGUUCGGUGCCUACCUACAAGUGCCCGCUCGGCACGUUUAAUUAAGUGCCCGCCGCCCCGCCUCCCACCGCCAAGUUCUCCAGGAUGAACCUACGUACGGCAGCCUGACAGGUAAAAAACAGGGGGAGGGGCACGGGGUUGAGCCACAUGACAUGCAAAACCGUGUAAAAAAAACCAUGUCAAAAUCAUGUCAUGCAAACAUGCAAAACCGUGCAAAAAACCAUGUCAAAAUCAUGUCAUGCAAACAUGCAAAACCCAUGCAAACAUGCAAAAACCAUGCAAACAUGCAAAAACCAUGCAAACAUGCAAAAACCAUGCAACAUGCAAAAACCAUGCAAACAUGCAAAAACCA